CUGCGGAGCGCUCGGAGCCGGCUGGAGCGCACGGUAUCUGCCAGGAGGAGCCAGAGCAGGGCCAGUCCUGGACUGGAGGGAGGUCCUGGCCGUCCUGAGCGCCCCUCGAUCGGCAGGAAUGUGAUCAACGUGUGCCUGUGCCCAGGAGCACCCACUUCUAGGCUCCCAGGGCUCAGCCUUGCCCAGCUCGGCCAUAUGGGCUUGAGGCUGUGAUCCCACACUCUCGACUGAACACCAGGGGCACGCCCAGGUAAACACACCCCCUAAAUAUGGUGAAUCAUUCCUGAGAAGCAGAGCCACUUCCUACAGGUCAAGGCCUUCUCCAAGGAGAAUAUGAAAGUGUUACUCAGCCUUGCUUGCUUCAUAAUUCCACUGAUUUCUUUGGAGGCUGAUAAAUGUAAAGAACGUGAAGAAUAUAUAAUUUUCCUUGCAUCUGCAAAUGAAAUCGAUGUCCGUGCCUGUCCUCUUAACCCAAAUGAAAACAAGGGCACCAUAAUUUGGUAUAAAAAUGAUAGCACGACACCCAUAUCUACAGCACAAGAUGACAGGAUUCAUCAGCAGAAAAAUAAACUUUGGUUUGUUCCUGCGAAGGUAGAAGACUCAGGACAUUACUACUGUGUAGUAAGAAAUUCAACUUACUGCCUCAAAAUUAAAAUAACUACCAGUAUUUUGGAGAAUGAGCCUGACUUGUGCUAUAAUUCACAAGUUAUAUUUACACAGAGACUGCAUAUCGCAGAAGACGGGAAACUUGUGUGCCCUCAUUUGGAUUUUUUUAAAGAUGAAAAUGAAGAGUUACCUCAAGUCCAGUGGUAUAAGGAUUGCAAACCUCUACUUCUCGAUAAUAGUUUAUUCAUUGGAGUGAAAAAUCAACUCAUUGUGAAGAAUGUCUCUGAGUACCAUAGAGGGCAUUAUACUUGUCUUGUAUCCUACACAUACUUGGGAAAGCAAUACAACAUUACCCGAGUAAUUGAAUUUUUUACUUUAGAGGAAAUCAAGCCCCAUAGACCUGUGAUUCUGAGUCCAGUGAAUGAGACAAAAGAAGUGAACUUAGGGUCUCACGUACAAUUGAUCUGUAAUGCCACUGGCAAAUCCAGUGAUAUAGUCAGCUGGAAGUGGAAUGGGUCAGAAAUCUUUUUCAUUGAUGACCCAGUUCUGGAGGAGGACUAUCAAUUUGUGGAAAAUCCUUCAGACAAAAUAAAGAAUACACUCAUCACAAUACUUAAUAUCUCAGAGGUCAAAAGUCAAUUUUAUUUAUACCCAUUCAUCUGUGUGGCCAGGAACACAGACAAAAUCAGUGAAGCAUAUAUCCAAUUUGUAUACCCAGUUCCUGAUUUCAAGAACCACAUAAUUGGGAUAUUUGUCCCAUUAACAGUUAUGAUUGUGUGCUCAGUAUUCAUCUAUAAAAUCUUCAAGGUUGACAUUGUACUUUGGUACAGAGAUUCUUGGUCCCAUUUUCUCCACACAGAAGCUUCAGAUGAGAAGAGCUAUGAUGCAUAUAUACUAUACCCAAAGACGUUCACGGAAGGGUCCACCUCCAACUCAGAUAUGUUUGUGUUCAAAAUAUUGCCUGAGGUCUUGGAAAAUCAGUUUGGAUAUAGACUGUUCAUUUAUGGAAGGGAUGAUUAUGUUGGAGAAGAUACUAUCGAGGUCACUAAUGAAAACAUAAAGAAAAGUAGAAGACUGAUUAUUGUUUUAGUGAGAGAUGUGUCUGGCUUCAGCUGGCUGGACCAUUCAUCAGAGGAGCAAAUAGUGAUGUAUAAUGCUCUAAUUGAAGAUGGAAUUAAAAUUGUUCUGCUGGAGCUGGAGAAAAUUGAAGACUACGAGAAAAUGCCGGAAUCCAUUAGAUUUAUUAAGCAGAAACAUGGGACCAUCCGCUGGUCAGGGGAUUUGAGAGAGGGACCACAGUCUUCAAAGUCCAGGUUUUGGAAAAAGGUCAGAUACCACAUGCCAGCUCAGAGGAGGUUGCCUUCAUCCAAACAGCAAUUAUUGUCUUUGACCUCUGGUUCAGGCACUAAGGCGAGCUUGCAAAGUGAGGUUCACCUGCCUCUUGGGUAGCCUGGAGAAGCUGGGUGUUCCUAUUGUAUGCACUACAGGCUGGGCUGUUGCCUCCUGCUGACUUCUAUAGUCAUAAAAUGUACCUGUCUGGUCCCUUGUCCCAAAGUAACCUGGAAUCAGAUAGUUAAGGGAACAGGACUUAGUGACAACAGCAUGUCCAGGCAGUUCAGAGCAGAGGGCUUGGGAUGGCCUUUAAAGGACAAUAAAAUGCUCUCUGAAUGUUGGACCAGUUGAGAAAAGUCACUUGACAGUGAUGAGAAGCUAAAAAGUGACGAGAAGAUAAAGAGAUGGCCACCCUCUAGAGAUGGCUUUAUGAAUUUGUUGAGAGCACAGAGGCAGAGCUGUGGCCAUGUCUGGGGACAUUGUAGGGUCAAUGACCCAGGAGGGACUUUUCUGGGCAGCCUUGUGGGUACUGUAGACUGACACAGAGGAAGGGCACAUUUUUCAUUGGCUUGAGUUUGUCAGGUACAUCCUCUGCCAGUGAUCAGAGAUUCCCAAGACCAAAAUUUAUUGGGUAGACUUCGAACACUGUCCUUUCAUUGGGACAGAGAUUCUCCAGGAAUCCAAGGUGGCAAAAAAUCUCUUUAUCUUCCUGUAGAACAGAAUUUAAAAAGCAACAGUAGCAGGAACUGACCCACCCCUUCCUCCUUAAGUGUUUUCUUCCUGGAAUGUCCAUCCUGUUUUCCUUUAUUCUGCAUUUUACUUGAUUCAUUUGCUUCUUUGGAGACACAGAUGGCUUUGCAAUGGCUUCCUUCCUCUCCUCCAUCAUGUGCACAGCUUUCAUAAAAUGCUGCUCUCCUCAUAUCCUGAUCUUGCUGGAAAACCUCCCAGGGUCUCUCUUUUUCUGCUUAGGAACUAAAUAAAGCCUGCGUCCCCCUCCAGCGUGGCAGUUCCGACUCUAGUUCUCCCAAUGUGAUGUGUCCUCACAACCUUCCCUGUGCCAUCUUGCUGUGUGUAUUCUAGGUCAGCCUCCAGGGAUUCUGUCUUGGCUGUAUCUCCUACAUCUGUCCUCUGACCUGAAUUUCUUCUUGCAUUCUCUCCAGUUGCAAUCCAAAGUUGAUGUCAAUGCUGUAGUUGCCAAGGGCCUUUCCCUGAGAGAUUCCACUCUCAAGCCUUAAAUCUCUCCUGCCAGUCUAUGGGUGCUGCCUAUAAGUGACCACAUUAGGAAGUAGCUCCUUUUCUGGUCUGAAUCUAUGCUGUCUCAGGAGAAGUGUUGUUUGAUUGUCCCUGACUGCCUUCCAGAAGCAGUGUGCACAUGUGACAAAGAUUGUGUAGUGCUUUACUAUUUAAAAAUGUUCUCAGAUAAUUAUGUUUAAUUUUUUGCAAUAAUGCUAAUUCUAGACAUAGAGAAAAUUCCCUAUUUUUUAAAAUACUCUCUUAACUCUAUUACAUCUAAGACUUGAACCUGUAUUUUCUGGCCACUAGUCCAAUGCUAAAACUACUUGAUUUUUAGGUCAAUAACUGUCUCUUCACUGCCUACUUGACAAACAUGUGAAAAGAAAUGGUAGAUUUUUAUUUUCUAGGGGGGAACCAGAACCCAUUUUUUAUGUAAGAAACAAAUUUGAGACUUUUCAAAGUGUUGGCAUAUAUAAAAACUAUGUUUGAUUUUAUGUAAAUACAUUUUAACUUGCAUGCAUUCUUUCUACAAAAUUAAAUACUUCUUACCCAAUUAAAAGUGACAGAAAAAAAUUGGGGGAGGUAUAGGAAAAAAUAUUUUCUUAAAUUUGAAGACAACCUUCAGGAUCAUUAGACUAAAUCUUGAAAUUUGCAAGACUGGGUUCAUGAGCCAUUUGUUGGGACACAGGAUGCUUCUGAAAGUUGUCUGAAUGUGGAUUGAUCAUUUGCUUUUCAUAUUUUGAGUAUCUAACAGUAUAGGUGAAUACAAACGCUUAUUUGGAAGGGCAUUUUCCCCAUUAAAAUGUUCAGAGCUGGACAAACACAGUUUAACAUUUUGACCACCCCUUUUGUACCUGCUUUCUCCUGACUCUUCUUGCCUGAAUACAUUGGCAAGCAUGGUAUCAAGAAAGCGAGCUUAGAAAGAGUGGCAACAUUGGCUAGUAAGAAGUACAAAAAGAAUUACGAGUAGUGAGGCAUCUGGAAUUUAGGGAACAAAAGUAAAGGGAGAAACCUUAAUUUGGCAAAAAUACCACACAGGAAAGUGGCAAGAUGUUCCCUAUCUCAGGGAAAGAAUCCAGAAGAGAAAACUAAGCUCUCUGCCACUCCUUCAACUUCCCUAGACUGACUGUCCCAGUCCCCAAUCUCUUUUCAAAGCUCUUCUUCUAUAUGAUCCCUUUAAUAGAUGUCAUUGAAAAGGGUAUUUAUUUUUUUAAUUAAAAGUCAACCUAAGUUUUGAAGAAGAUUUGAAAAUACAGCCAAGUAUUUGAUUACCAGUGGAUAAACUGGCUUAACAGAAUUUAUAUUUUCUCUCUCCUGCUUUCCUUUUGAAAAACUUUACUUUCAAUGAAAGAGAAAGUUUUGAGCCAUUUUAAAUGACAUUUUCAAUAACAUGUUUGUACUUGUUAAUGAUGAAGGUUCUUUUUUUUUUUUUACUAAGACUUACUUGUGUAAUUCUGUAGCAGAUGCCAGAUAUUUUUAUAUGGUAAACCACCAAAUUGGUGUACAGCUUGUAUCAUUAAUCAAUAGACUGUACUUGUUUUCCAAUAAAAUUGUUAAAACUU